CCUUAGGAAGCUGCCGACUGCUUCCGACGACCCCGAAUGCCACGUCAACCAAUCAGCGCUCGCCAACGAACCGGCGGCCAUACGUGUUGCGGCGACAGACGCGUCAGAGUUGUCGAAUAUCUUUUGCCGGUUUCCAAAUCGACUCUGUUGCUCUGUUGUCUCUGUGUGUUGGCGGGAGGUGUUUCAUAGGGUUUGCGUCAAAAGUAAUUAACCUUUUUUCACAAUGUUCAAAUUGUUGAUCUUUGCAGUGGUCAUCUCAUCUGCCCUAAGUGAUGCUGUCAUUGAGCUAGGUGACAGCGAUUUUGAUAGCGGUGUUGCUGAGCAUGACACAGUCCUGGUUAUGUUCUAUGCUCCCUGGUGUGGACACUGCAAGAAGCUUAAGCCAGAAUUUGAACUAGCUGCGAAAAGUCUUAUUUCAAAUGACCCACCUGUGGCACUUGCAAAGGUCGACUGCACAGAGGCUGGCAAGGAGACAUGCAACCGGUUCUCUGUCAGAGGAUAUCCCACCCUGAAGAUAUUUAAGGGCGGCGAAAUGUCCCAGGAAUACAAUGGACCGAGGGAGUCGAACGGCAUCGUGAAGUACAUGGCCGCCCAGGUGGGGCCCGCCUCCAAGGAGCUCACCGCCGCCGACUUCGAGAAGUUCCUCGAGAAGCCGGAGGUCGCCGUCGUCGCCUUCCUCAAAGAGGGGGGCAGCCUGAAGCCAGUCUUUGAGAAAGUGUCUGAUAAGCUGCGCGAGAAGGUGCGCUUCGGCCACACGUCGGACGCCGCCCUGCUGGAGAAGCACGGCGAGGACGUGCUCGUCCUGUUCCGGCCCAAACACCUCAAGAACACGUUCGAGGAGAGCUCGCUGAAGACUGACUCGACCGAUCGCGCCGAGAUCGAGGCCUUCAUCAAGGAGAACUACCACGGCCUGGUCGGCCACCGGACCACCGAUAACGUGGCCGACUUCAAGGCGCCCCUCAUCGUCGCAUACUUCAACGUCGACUAUGUGAAGAACCCCAAGGGCACCAACUACUGGCGUAACCGUGUGAUGAAGGUGGCCAAGGCCUUCGCCGGCCAGGGCAUUACCUUCGGCGUCUCGCAGCACAACGACUUCCAGCACGAGCUGGAGGAGUACGGCAGGGGCUUCGUCAGCGGAGACAAGCCCGUCGUCUGCGCCCGCGACGCCAAGAACAGCAAGUUCGUUAUGGAGGAGGACUUCAGCAUUGACGCGCUGCAGAAGUUCGUCGAGGACUUUUCGGCCGGUAAGCUGGAGCCGUACCUCAAGUCAGAGCCGGUUCCGGCGUCCAACGACGGACCGGUCACCGUGGCCGUUAGCAAGAACUUCGACGAGGUCGUCACCAACAACGGCAAGGACACGCUGAUCGAGUUCUACGCGCCCUGGUGCGGACACUGCAAGAAGCUGGCGCCCGUCUUCGACGAGCUGGGCACCAAGCUGAAGGACGAGGAUGUGGCCAUUGUGAAGAUGGACGCCACGGCCAACGACGUGCCGUCGGGCUACGAGGUCCGCGGCUUCCCCACGCUGUUCUUCCUGCCCAAGGACAAGAAGGACAAGCCGCAGCAAUACCAGGGAGGUCGCGAGCUGGACGACUUCAUCAAGUACCUGGCCAAGCACGCCAGCAGCGAGCUCAAGGGCUGGGACCGCGCCGGAAAGGCCAAGAAGACCGAGCUUUGAUCGCCUCAUAGGCGAUGCAUUGUGAGAGGAGAUUCCGAGUGCGCCGCGGUCAUGGCGGCCUGUGAUAGGGGGAGCGGCCGGUGCCCUGGGCUCCGGAGCCGCCUCCCCAGCGCCUGCGCGUCAUGGACGUUCACAAAUCCACCUGCGGCGGCCCGGCAGAGCCGAGCCGCGUGUCCGUUAUUCCGUCUCCGGGUGUGUGUGUUGAAUGUGUUCCGCUCCGCCACCGCACUGGCCUUUGUUUUUUAUUGAUACAAAAUAUAUGAACAAAACCAAGA